GCAUCUCGCACACAGUCGGAUUUUUCGUGUUUUAACAAGCAAAAAAUACGAAUUUUGACGAAACCGUGUUUAUCUUUGGCACGCAGGCGGCUCUAGCGCCGGCGUUACGAUUUGAAAUACGUAGUGCAUGUGGAAUUACUGAAGUGGCAAAAAGCGCAACGCCAACUACUUCGUGCACAGACACGCCGAGACACCAGUGUGAAAAGAGAAGAGUGAAGACAACGCGGUGCCGUUCGUUGUUGGCAUGUUACGUGUUUUUUCGGCAUUUCUAGCUUCCUUUUCGAUUCCUUUCUCCUUUAUUUUGUUGUUGCCGCCUUAAUUGUUAUUACUGCCGCCGCUGUGAUUGCAACGCAACAAAUACAAAAACCACAGGCUGAACGCAGGACGAUACCGCGUGCACGGAGGCGAGGCAACAACACACACACGCGGACAAAACUCACAACCACAAUCGCAUUUGCUGGUCGCCCUCCGCGACUCCGCCACACCGCGCGCCCAUCAUUGUCGCGUUGAAAUUUAUUGCGGAGUAUUUUUCGCUGCAUUUGCUGACUGGCUGGCCGCCCAUUUGGUUUGCUUCCUUUCGCACACACACACACACGCCGCCACCACCGUUCAUCAUCGGCUCCACGGUCCCAGAAGAGAGCGAAUAAGACCGAAGAGCUGGAGAAGCACUGGAAACGGUAAAAAAGAAGCCAAGACGAACAGUUGGAGUUAAAAAACAAACAGAAGAACGGACACAAAAAAAAAACUUUCGGUGAAAAAGAGUGGGAAAACGCGUGUGCUUAGUGCUGUUGCACAUUAUUAUUUUUUUUUUUUUUGCGUGCUUGACAACAACAUUAAUAGUGGCUGCGGACAUCAACGGCAAAGACGACGACGACGACAACAAAAACAGUUAACUGAAACAAAUUGAAGAAGCAUCACAAUGACAUCAAAAAAACGCAAAACCCCCUUUGAUGACGACGAUAUUGAUGAGGACGAUUCAGGCUCCGAUUUUGAUGAUGACGAGGAUCCAGAUCUAAUAGAAGUGCCCGGUGGUGGUCGCGAUCUGAAUACUGCUGUUACCUACGCCCAGAACAUACGCAGCGGAGUGGGCGUGACCAAAGGUCCUGCACCUGCUCCUUCUGUCGCUGCAACUGGCGGCAUACCCAAAAUAGCCAACAUUUCCACCCUUGGCCCAAAAAUUGUUAUAUCUCAGAAUAAUAUUAAACCAAUAUCGUUGUUACGCAUCAACAAUAAUAACAAUAAUAUUAUCACCGGCAGCAGCAACGGCAAUAAGAUAAUAACAACAACAACCGGCGGAGCAGCGGGACUGAUAAAGGGUGUGGGCACGGGUGUGGUAACUGGAGGCGUGACCACAGCGAAAAUCGGAGGCGUGACCUUGGGCGGAAAGAUCACACCGAUACCAACGAUAAUAGCCCGAAAAGUGGGUGGUGGACUAGAGAAUAGCCUAAACAAUAUGCCAAAGAAACUGAAUAAUGCGAUAACGGCCAUGGGCAGUCCUGCCGCAAGGAGCACCAACAGCAGCAGCAGCAGCAACAACAACAGUAGCAACAUCAGCAGCAGCAGCAGCAUGAGCAGCGCCUUUGGGUCAGGUGGAACCAAUACCACCAGCAAUUACCUAAACAGCCUGAGCACCAACGAACUGAUGAAUUUGGCCGCCUAUGUGGCUGCCAAGGGAAACAGCUCACCAUUGCCACCGCCACCGUCCACGGCUGCCAAUUCGGUGAGAAGUUCACCUGGCGGUGGUGGUACCUUCUUUGAUGGCAUGGGAGGAGGAGGAGCGACCACAUCAGCCUCUGCUGCUAAUUUCAAUAUGGCCGCGUCUUUAUUGGCGCAGAUGAGCUAUGCAGGCGGCGUUAGUCCCAUUCGUCCUUACAAGGUGACACCGGGAACACCAGGAAACGCCAACGUGGGCAACACCAUCAACAAGCAGCAGCUGACAACAACAGCAGGUGGUGGAGGAGGAACACCAGCUGGCGGUGGAGCUGGUGGCAUGAAGGGCAACAUUACCAUGAUGGAGGCCGUGCGCAAACUGAUUGCCCUGAAUCCGCAAUACCUGACCAGCGGUAUACCAAACGAUGCGAUUCAGCUUUUCCUGCAAUCGACGAACCAAAGGGCACAGACACCAACGAUAAUGCCACCGAUGCCGGUGACGGCCAAUGCAGCGGCAGCAGCAGCAGCAGCUGCCCACGCCUCUGCCGUGGCCUAUGUCCAGCAGGAGGAGGACGAGGUGGACUAUGAGGAGAUGGGUGUGGCGGAGACCUAUGCCGACUAUUGGCCAGCCAAAUUGCGCUUGGGCAAAAAGCAUCCCGAUGCCGUGGUGGAGACAGCCUCCCUGAGUUCUGUGGAGCCCUGCGAUGUCUAUUACCGGCUAGAUAUACCCCAGGAGACGAUCCAAAGCGGGCAGCUUAGCGCCCUGCAAUUGGAGUCCAUAACGUAUGCCUCGCAGGCCCAUGAUCACCUGCUGCCGGACGGCAGUCGAGCGGGCUUCUUGAUCGGAGAUGGUGCUGGUGUGGGCAAGGGUCGCACCAUUGCCGGCAUCAUCUAUGAGAAUUUUCUAAAGGGAAGGAAGAAGGCCCUCUGGAUAUCCGUGUCCAACGAUCUCAAAUACGAUGCUGAGCGGGAUCUCGCCGAUAUAGGAGCCGGUCGGAUCAAUGUCCAUGCGCUGAACAAGUUCAAAUAUGCCAAGAUCAGCUCGUCGGUGAAUAACAAUUGCAAGCGCGGCGUCAUCUUUAGCACAUACUCGGCGCUGAUUGGCGAAUCGAACAAUAAGACGGGAAAGUAUCGUUCCCGCUUCCGUCAGCUGUUGCAGUGGUGUGGCGAGGACUUCGAGGGCCUGAUCAUCUUUGAUGAGUGUCACAAGGCCAAGAAUCUGUGUCCUGUGGGCUCUGGCAAGCCCACAAAGACCGGUCAAACUGUGCUGGAGCUGCAACAGAAGCUGCCCAAGGCUAGGGUGGUGUAUGCCUCCGCCACGGGUGCCUCGGAGCCCAAAAAUAUGGCGUACAUGGUGCGUUUGGGUCUGUGGGGUCAGGGCACGGCAUUUGGUUGCUUUAAUGACUUCAUCACAGCUGUGGAGAGACGUGGCGUUGGUGCCAUGGAGAUUGUGGCCAUGGACAUGAAGCUGCGAGGCAUGUACAUAGCCCGACAGUUGAGCUUCAAGGGCGUCAGCUUCAGGAUUGAGGAGGUGCCUCUCACCAAGGAGUUCCGGAAGAUUUACGAUCAAUCCGUAGAGCUCUGGGUGGAGGCCAUGCAAAAGUUCACCGAGGCAGCGGAACUCAUCGAUGCCGAGAGUCGUAUGAAGAAGACCAUGUGGGGACAGUUUUGGUCAUCGCAUCAGCGAUUCUUCAAGUAUCUCUGCAUUGCAGCCAAGGUCAGUCAUGCGAUUCUGGUGGCCCGCGAAUCCAUCAAGUAUGGCAAGUGCGUGGUUAUUGGUCUGCAAUCGACGGGCGAGGCACGCACGUUGGAUCAACUGGAGCGGGAUGAUGGAGAGCUAACCGAUUUUGUGUCCACCGCCAAAGGCGUCUUCCAGUCCUUUGUGGAGCGUCACUUUCCAGCGCCCGACCGCAAUAGGAUCAAUCGCAUUCUGGGACUCUACGAUGAUUCGUCCUCGCCGCUCGAGUCUUCCUCAAGUUACAAUAACAAUAAUAGCUCUGCAGCGGCGGCAAGCAAGCGAAAGGGUGUAAGCACUAGUAAUGGCAAGGCCAAGAAGCUCAAGAAGCGCAGCGGCAGCAGCAGUGAUAGCGACGUGGAGUCGGAGGUCAGCAGGAAACAGAAGCGUCGAAAGAACAGUGACAGCGAUGAGGGACAGAAUAGUGAUGACAAUGCCGCCUUUCGUAGCGAUGCAGACGAUGAUGAUGAUGAUGAGGAUGAAGACGAAGAUGAGGACGACGACGAAGAUGAUGAUAGUGAUGAUCAUGAGGCGGAAAGCGAUGUGGCCAGCGAUGCCAGUUCCGAUUUCAAUCCAUUCUUCAGCGGUAGCGACAGUGACAUUGAUCCCUGGGUAAAUGCACGCAGUAAAAAGUCAUCCUCCAAGAAGGUCCAAAAGAAGACCAAGAAAAAGGUGAAGAAGGAAACAAAACCCAAGAAGGAGAAGGAAACAGAAGCGGCUACAUCUAGCACAUCCUCCAAGACGAGCACCACCACCACCAACACCACCGAUGCCAUGUCAGCCGCUGUGGCCGCUGCUCUCAAUGCUGCAAAAUCCCGUAAAUCCCAGCUAUCCACGCAGGACAAGAUCCAGGAUCUCCUGCAAAAGAAGCAAGAGCUCAAGGGCACUGUGACCCCAAUUGGCGUGAAUGGCGUCAAAAUGAACUACGGGCCACCGCCCAAAGAUGCUAUCGAGCGGGCAUGCACCAUGAAGGAGGAGCUCUUGCGUAAAAUUGAACGUUUAGGCUCUCGCCUGCCACCGAAUACUCUGGAUCAACUGAUUGACGAACUCGGUGGCCCCGACAACGUGGCGGAGAUGACGGGCAGACGGGGUCGCGUUGUCCAGAACGAUGAUGGUUCCAUACAGUACGAGUCGCGCAUUGAAUCUGAUGUGCCACUGGAAACGCUUAAUAUUACGGAGAAGCAGCGCUUUAUGAAUGGCCAGAAGGAUGUGGCCAUUAUUUCGGAGGCAGCCUCCAGUGGUAUCUCUCUCCAGAGUGAUCGACGGGUUGCAAAUCAGCGGCGUCGCGUGCACAUCACGCUGGAGCUGCCCUGGUCCGCCGACCGGGCAAUACAGCAGUUUGGACGCACACAUCGAUCCAAUCAGGUAAAUGCCCCCGAGUACAUCUUCCUCAUUUCGGAUCUAGCCGGCGAACGGCGCUUUGCCUCCACGGUAGCCAAGCGUUUGGAAUCGCUGGGUGCCCUCACACAUGGUGAUCGUCGGGCCACUGAGACCCGUGAUCUCUCACAAUUCAACAUAGACAACAAAUACGGCAGACAGGCAUUGGAGACGGUGAUGCGUACCAUAAUGGGCUAUGAGGCGCCACUGGUUCCACCACCCACGGAUUAUAGCGGCGAAUUCUUCAAGGAUAUCGCUGGUGCCUUGGUGGGCGUUGGCAUAAUCGUGAACACCGAGAGCCAUCCGGGAGUGCUCAGCCUAGACAAGGAUUACAACAACAUAUCAAAGUUUCUCAAUCGGAUUCUUGGCUGUCCGGUGGAUCUGCAGAAUCGUUUGUUCAAAUACUUUACCGACACCAUGACGGCAAUUAUACAGCAGGCGAAGCGUGGCGGUCGCUUCGAUCUGGGCAUAGUGGACUUGGGUGCUGCGGGCGAGAAUGUAACCCGCGUGCGGCUCAUACGGUUUAUGCGAAAACAUGCCACCGGAGUGGCGCCCACGGAGCUGCAUACGGUGCGGGUGGAACGCGGCAUGAUUUGGCAGGAGGCUUUGGACAAGUAUGCCGAUCUCUUCAACGAGAAUGAGGGCUUCUACCUAUCCCAUCAGUUGCGCAAUCAAAAGCGCACCGCCAUCAUGGUGGUUAUCUUGCCUUACAGCGCGACGAACAGCAGCAGUAGUAGCAGCACAGCCGGAGAUUCCGACAAUCCCAAAAAGAAGAAGGCAACACGCAGCAAAAAGGAAAUAAUGUGCCAGAUCUACAGACCGAAUACGGGCCUGCAGGUGCGUCACGAGUCGCUGUUCGAGCUGGAGAAGAAGUAUCGGAAGGUGCAAAUGACGGAGGCAGAACCCCAUUGGACAGAGCAGUACGAUGCCUCGGUGAAUACGUGUUCGCAUGCGUACUGGAAUGGCAACUGCCGGAAUGUCAGUCUGGGCAAUGAUUGUGAGGUGGGCUUGCGGCAGCGGUUGUACCAUGUCCUAGCCGGCUCCGUGCUCUCCGUUUGGGGUCGCGUUGAGCAUAUACUGAAUACACGUUCCAACAGCAAGAUGCAGGUGAUACGAAUGAAGACGACGGAUGACGAGAAGAUUGUGGGCACCCUGAUACCCAAGUCGUGCUUCGAGACAUUGAUGAAUGAUCUGCGCAGCGAUUCCGAGAAACACGAGGAGUUCAACUACUGAGCGUCCCCAGUGGUUCUUGUGUGAUUUUUGCAUGCAAAUUUGUAUCCUUCCAGCUGAGGAUGAUCAAGGCUCUAGAUAUAUCCAUAUAUAUAUAGAUAUAUAUAUAUAUAUAUAUAUAUAUAUAUAAAUAAUAAUUUAACUAAACGUUAAGAUACCGCUACAUAGCGUAUAUAUGUAUGUAAAUUGACACGACAAGAAGUGAAGAGUGCAUGAGAAAACUCCCCAAUAAUUUUGUUUGUUUUUUUUUUUCUUACCUUAAAAUGGACACAAAAAAGAAGAUGUAAUAACCAGACUUUGGCUAAGAUAUACAGAUGACAGAUAUAAGAAAUACAAAGAAAAGGAAAGAAAGCAGAAGAGGAAAUGUAAUGAAAUGAAAACGCUUAUAAGAAAGGACUUUUCUCAAUGAUUUCUAUAUGAUUAAUUAAUGAUACAAGUUAUGUUUAAAACCACUGAAUAAACCGUCACCCUUGUAAACUA